GUCCGGGGGACGCGGGGUGGGGGGCCGCUCCAACUGCCGGGCCUCCGGACUCACGCACCGACUGUGGUGAUUAACGCUUUCUUGUUGUUCGGUCUUCUCACAAUAAACGAUUCAAGAAGUUAACCAGCGUAUUUAUGGGCAACCUCCCAGCAUAAUCAUCAAACACAAUACAAUACCAGAGGUACGCUAGUAGUAUAAACAGCUGCGGAUGAUCGCGCUUAUGUAUUAACCUUUAGGUAACUCACACUAUCGACGAUUAUAUACGCAUAUAUUGCCGACAAUUUAGUACAUUUGGGGGCUACUAUUUUGUUAAAAGUGUGAAACUUCUGGUGCUAAGUAAAUGGCUGAUAAAAUUCAUUUUCAUACUAAUGGUAGAACAGAUUUCGACUUGGUUCUAGAGAACCAUCUUGAAAAUAUCACCAAGAAAGAGGGCUACAUAUAUUAUGAAAUUGUGAAACGAAACUUCAACACUGACGGAGGUAAUUUCCUGGGAGUCUUGUUGGAGAUCGAUGUCAAAGGUAAAACUACUGAUGGUGAAAAAGAAACCAACUUAUUCGUUAAAAAGGAAAUUCCGUUUGAAAAAAUAACAGUAUUAGAUAGCAAAGUAAUGUUUCGUAAAGAAUUAUUUGUAUACAUUGAUCUAGCAAAAGUUGUCACGCAUUUGCAAGACUCGGCAAAAGUGCCGGAUGAAGAUAGAUUCAAAAUUGCAAAAGCUUAUCCAGAAUCUAACGAAGAAAUUUUGAUUUUUGAGAACCUAGCCAAAAAAGGUUUCAAGACUUACGGGAAAUUCGAUAUACUACCGUUGAAGUACAUAGAACUCGCUAUCAAAGAAUUGGGAAAGUUUCACGGGAUAUCAUUUGUGAUCGAACAACGUAUGCCGGAAUUUUAUGAAAAUAAGAUAAAAACGCAAAAAUCCCCUUUCAAUUUCAAUGAUGAUUGGAAGGGUUUGAUGGAGAAGAUCUUUUUGUACACUGCAAAUCUAUUAGGAGGUGAAACAAAGAGAAGAAUUGAGGAUUAUCUCCCGAUUGCCAUAAAGAAAUAUCCGAUGUAUGAUAAUGAUCAAACUUCUGUUCGAUGCUGCCUCUCGCAUGUGGACUAUCACUUUGCCAAUAUAUUAGUAAAGGAAAAUGAUGGCGAGCCUGUGGAAGUUAUAACAAUAGACUAUCAGCUCCUAGACUAUGGCUGUCCGCUCAGAGACUUGCUGUUCUUCAUAUAUUCGGCCACCAGCAAAGACUUCAGGGGGGAACACAUGGUACAUCUCAAGGAUCUGUAUUUUGAAACUAUUACACGAUAUCUCAAAUAUUUUGACAUGGAUAUUGAGGAUGUAUACCCCAGGAAGGAUUUUGAAAAGGUAUACAAGGAGUGGAAGGAUUACGGGUUAAUUAGGACGUUGUACACUUCGAUAUUUCUGUUCCCACCGGAUUCUGGGCUGGACGUUAGCAAGUUGAGCCUCUCUGAGCUGCCUUAUGAGCCGAGCCCAGAGGUGCAGGAGAGAGUGCGGGGCUGGAUAGAGGAGUUCUUAGAGGACGGUUACUUGUAG